AUGUAUACUAAAGUGGGAAUUUGGUUGUUGUUGUCGUUUCCGUUGAAUGCAGUAUACAAACGCCUUCCAGAUGAUGGUAUUCGCCUGAAAAGUUGGUAUAUCAUUUCGGUAAGCCUAAUCCUUUUGAAGACUUUUUUCGGAGUUUUUAGAGGUAUUGCACCGUUACUUAUAAGCACUCUUUUCACUUACUUCCUUACAAAGUUCAAUCGAUCCAAAUAUAUGCCAUGUGUUAACUUUGUCGUUUGUAUGGCAUAUCUAGCUUUGAACCACAUACGAGCACAAUACUUCGGUGAUGAAAAUGUUUAUGCGAUUACUGGCGCGCAGAUGGUACUGGUUAUGAAGUUGACUUCAUUUGCAUGGUCUUAUUACGACGGUGCCGAAUCUCACUUGGAGAAACUUAAUAAUCAUUCCAGACGCUAUAUGAUUGUUAAGCACCCUGAUCUUGUCAGAUUCAUAGCCUAUGCAUUAUUCUAUCCUACAUUACUCACUGGCCCUACUUGCGAAUUUGCAGAUUUUGACGACUGGCUAACUUGUAAAAUAUUCAGUGGUCUUCCUGAAGACAAGAAGUUAAAUAAAAAUAGUGGCGGAAAGUAUCCUGCAAGAAAGAUACCAUACUCUGGCUAUGACGCUAUGAUAAUGGCAUCCAAGGGUAUUAUUUGGCUAGCUCUAACAGUAGUUCUAACAUCUAUAAUUGAUGUGGACUACUUGGAUACUGCUGAUUUCAAAGAAAAAUCAUUCUUUAUUAAAAUUCACAUGUUAUAUUUCUUGGGAUUCACGAUGAGAUUAAAGUAUUACGCUGCGUGGGUGAUCGCAGAAGCAUCCUGUGUCGAAUGUGGUCUCGACUUUUUGGAGUAUGACGAAAAGGAGAAGAAAAUUAUAUGGGGUAGGGUCUGUAACGUAGAUCCCAUAAAAUUUGAGUUGGCACAGAACGCUAAGUCAUGCUUGGAUGCAUGGAACAAGGGCACCAACAAAUGGCUGAAAAACCAUGUGUUCUUACGUGCUGUACCUCUUGGUAAAGAGCCAGGCUUUCGCCCUGCUCUGCUGACAUUUGCAACCUCCGCCUUCUGGCAUGGAAUAAGACCUGGAUACUAUUUGAGUUUCAUAAGCGCAGCCUUUUUCCAAACCGUUGGGAAGAUUUAUAGAAGAAAUUUUCGGCCGCUAUUUCUGCAGCGUGAUGGCGUUAGCCCAAAGCGAUCAAAGAUAUUCUACGAUAUUUUUACAUUCUGGGCAACUCAGCUAGCGUUUGGUUAUAUGGUUCAACCAUUUCUUAUAUUGGAUUUGAAAAAAUCUCUUGAAUGUUGGCGCGAGGUUUACUACUAUGUGCAUGUUGUAAUAAUUGUAACACUAGUGGUUUUCAAAGGACCCUUUGGAAAACGUGUUAGUGCCUUCUUGAAUAGAUAUAAACUCUCUAAGCAGCCCAAAAAAUAG